ACAAUGCGAAUGAAAUGAAAAGCGAUAAUGGAAAAGCCCAUUGUCAUUGACAAUGGCACGGGGUUCAUCAAGGCUGGUUUCGCUGGAGAUAAGCUUCCUAGAGUUGUUAGUCCUUCCGUCAUUGGUCGUCCCCUAUAUGGAGACUGUGUAGACUUUCGUGGUACCCAUAAAAGCGUUUAUGUUGGCGACGAUGCCGUCCAAAAACGAGGUGCAGGUUUGAAGCUAACGUAUCCUCUGGAACACGGAAUAGUUUCCAACUGGGAUGACUUGGAGCUUUUAUGGAAAAAUUGCUUGGAGAACGAGCUAAGAGUCGACCCUACUGAACAUCCCAUUCUUUUGACAGAGGCGCCAUUGAAUCCAAAGAGAAAUCGAGAGUUAAUGGCAACCAUAAUGUUCGAAGGCUUCGGAGUUCCCGCUUGUUAUGUUGCUGUCCAAGCGGUGCUUUCGUUGUAUGCUACUGGAAGAACCACUGGUUUGGUUUUGGAUAUUGGCGAUGGAGUGUCCCAUACCAUUCCUGUUUAUGAAGGAUACGCUUUGUCGCAUGCCAUAUGUCGCCUGAAUGUAGCUGGAAGGGAUUUAACAAAAUACUUAGCAAAGUUGCUGCAGCAAAACGGCUUUCCCUUUACCACCACAUCAGCUAUGCAAACUGUACGGGAUAUUAAAGAAAAGUUUUGCUAUGUUUCGCAAGAUCCUGUUUCAGAGGAAAAAUAUUUCGAGCAACACCAGAAGACUCUUUGCAAAAGUUAUAUCUUACCUGAUGGAACGGAAUUGUUCAUUGGAAGUGAAAUGUUUCAGUGCCCAGAGAUCCUGUUCAAUCCUAGUUUAUUAGGAAUGGAGGCGGAAGGUAUUGACUCACUAAUUUAUCUCUCAACGCAAAAGUGUGAUAUAGACUUGAGAAGAUCUCUUUUAACUAAUCUCGUGAUAAGCGGAGGUACUAGUAUGUUACCGGGGCUGGUUGACCGAUUACGUACAAGUUUACAGAGCCGUCUUCCAGCUAAUGCCAAGUUAAAAAUAACCGCUCCGGAAGAGAGAAAAUAUUCUGUGUUCUGCGGAGGUGCGACACUGGCUGAUAUGCAAGCCUUUCAAAGCCUAGAUGGAUAACUGAGAAAGGAAUGGGAAGAAUCUUGAA